AUGUCAAACGAAUUGAACGUUGAUGGUGAUGCACUGAAUCGUGAACAAUUGAUUGAUAUCUUGGGUUUAAGAGAUAUUCUAUUGAUACCUUCAUCAACCCAAUCUCGACAAACGGUUUUUGUUCGAUUCUUGAAUUGUACAUUCAAAGAAGUGGACUUAUUUUGGGUCGAUUUCGAGGGUGGCCUGGUGAGAUACGCGCGUCUUCAACCGAAGCAAUAUUUUGACGUUACCACUUACAGAGGUCAUCACUGGAUUUUUCGUUUACCUUGUAACGGCUCAGCGGCAUUCUGUUUACGAGAUCGUGGUCGCAUCGAAGAAGUUUUCACUGCGUCAAGUGCAAAUCUGCGUUUGCGUAUUUGUGUUCCUGUUGUUUUGAAAUUGAAAUCACUGCUGAAGACAGCAGCGUUGUGUGUCGCUGAGUUGUGUGGUACUUCGGAAAGAGCGAAGCGAUUACAACUGCCAGAAUCAUUACAGUUUUCACUUUCAGGCGAUUGUAUUGGAUUGCAUCGUUCGCAGAGUCUUAUACCUUACGUAUAUUGUGCCACAUUGAAUCUUUGCCAUUUGAUUAGAAUCAAGAAGAUGAUUACAACGAAAGAGCAGAUCGAAAUGACGUUGAGUGCUGAGGAUAGCAGUUUACCAGAAGUUGUGCAAGAAGCACUAAAAACACGACAACUGAAUGUGGUGUUGGAAUGUAUUGCUGAGUUGAGUGCGAAAGAUGCGAAUAAUUUUCAUCUGAAUAGUGCUUUACUUGAUGAAUUGAAGAAAGAGUUCGCGUUGAUCGGUGAGAAAACACUUUACGCUUAUGUUGCCGAAUGGAUCAGCAAUCUGAAAGAUGUACCUUAUUCACAAAAGACGCUGAGGAGUAAUUGUCUUCUGAUUGAACGUGCCGUUCGAUCGGUGAAUUUACUCCAAGCUGAAGCACUUCGGACAAUGUUAAACACAGAGUUACCACCACUCCAUAACCAACUUCUGAACAGUGGUGAACAAAACGGUGCGGCGGCGAUUUGUCGCUCUCUCUAUUGCGUUACUAUAAUGGAGGCAACGUACGCGUGCGGUGUGGAUUCUGAGGCUUUGAAGCGUUCGUGGUCGAUUAUUUUACAGAAUAAGGCAAGCCAGAAGUCGCCGAUUGUGUUGUUGUGCUCAUUGUUGAUUUCUACUCAGAUGCGUCUUGAUGCCGAAACAAAGCGAUAUUUGAAAGCUCUGAUCAAAAGAAUGGAAUCAUUUGGAGAGAGUACUGAAGUUGAUUGCGACCCACUUUAUUGUGAUCGAAUGCAGUUUUUUGCACUAUUACUGAAUAAUAUUGGUCGAAUUUAUGCGGCAGCUGGAAAGAAGGUUUCACAUUGCGUCCUCUUGAUGGAAUCACUCAUUCGGUUUUACUCGGACCAUAGCCUGCUAGAUGUGUUAUCAGCCUCAAUCUAUGAGUCUUUGCAUCUGCCGAAUCCGAAUUCUGCUCUCUUGUGCGAACAUUUCUUCUAUUGUGUUCUCCUGCUAUUCCCUAAACUGAUCCGGGAAUCGGUUCAGGAAUCACAACUGGAGAAGUGCAGAAUGAAAUAUCUGUACGACUCAUUACUGUUACCAAAUGCGACAUCUAAAAUGCUUUGUCGAGAAUUGUUCUGUCGAAUCACCGAACUCUAUCCGAACUUAAGCAGCAGACCAGUUCAAGAAGAAACAAAGCAAAAAUCUAAAGUUGAACUAUUGGAAAAUGUGAACAAUAGAACUCGUUCAUUGAAAAAUGGCGACCAAAUUAGCGAUACUGCUAAAUCAGUAGCAGAAAAGAAACCAGGACAUUCAAAUACAGUAGUAGAAUUCGGCGUAUGGUUAGCGAGAAUUGGAGGAGUUCUGAAUGGAUCUGAUGAAAAUGGUAAAUCGACGGAAGCGGUGGAACAGAGUAUUUCAAAUCAGGACAGUAUCGUUCGUGCGACAUCGUUUUUAGUGAAAUUGUUAACGCUAGCUCUAUUCCGUGACGUUCUCAAAGCGUAUCCUGUCAUCCUGACGCCGAAAAUUUGCAGUGAAUCGCCUGAAACAAUGUGGAUGGAAAUAAUGUGCGAUUAUUGCGAGCAUUUGGCUCAUCAAAACGAUUUGAUUCAGUACAACAGUGCUGAACUGUCACAAGCACUUGACAUACUUAUUGAUGGGAAAUGGCCUUUGGCUAGCAUGUCUCUACAAACAGGAUUGACGUUGUUUGGAGCAUUGAUGCAGUUGCUGAUCGUAUGUACGGAUCACCUGAGUGAGCGCAUUCUGGAGGCAAUUCAACGGAUUUUGAAAUUGAAUGAAGCAUAUUAUUGCGGUAUCUUGAAGAAAUGUGAUCUUAAACUACGCAAAAUAUUUGAAAUGAUAGCAAAACGAUUGGGUCAAAAAAACUGUACGAAUCGUAUGCAAACGUUGAUCGUUUUUUAUUUAUGCGCAUCUGAAACAACAGAAUUAUUCGUUGAAAAGUGCCGUGACCAUUUAAACAUGUUAUCGUGGAAAUCUGACGAUUCUGAGUAUGGACGAUUACGCUCGAUUGUGUUGAAUUGUUUGAGUAUCGCCUACAAGCGUAUGAGUAACUCAAAGCUUUUCACUGAUGAGAAUUCAUCGUCUGUGGGCAAAAGGUUUUUGAAAGAGCAUGUUCUGCCAUUGUUCAAAGAACAAUUCCAUGCGAUCGCAUCGAACAAUUUCGAAGUGAUCCCUCAUGGCGAUUUUGAAAUAUUUGCGAUCAGUCUGAAAACACUGCGAGAUCUGCAAGAAAUCGAAAGUAGCGAAAUCUUUGAAUUGAACGUAAACGGUGAAAUCGAUUCGGCUACUCAGAUUUGUAAAUCGAUUUGUGGUCGAAGCAAGAAACUCGCAAGGCUCAAAGAAAUUUGUCAAACAGGCGAUUCAUUGAUAGUGUCGUCGAUAGUUGAUUUGCUGACUGCUCAGAAUCAGCGUUCAUGCCUUCUGAAAUGGAAAUGCCUCACAUCGUUCAUAUCCUAUGGACGUCACGAUUUAGUUGAGCAAAUUAUGGCUGAUGCAGGCUUAGAUGAGAUACGAAAGAUGCUUCAAACUAUCAACGAUACUCUAGAGGGCAUCGGUAGCGAUAAACACAAGUAUGAUGGAAGUGAUAUUCUGGCAGUAUGCUGUAUAGUGUGUGAAUUGCAAAACGACAAGAAAAAACAUCUGGUUUUGGACAUUUACGAUCCGAUUGUUCAGUGGAUGCUUGCUACCGUUGAACAGAAUCCCAUUAUUUGUCUGAAAUUGAUUCGGUUUUUAUUUGCUGAGUCUCUUCACCAUUGCUGCUCGACGAUAACCGACGAUCAAUGCGCUCUAUUUGCUCAGCUGUUUAUUCGUUGUGUGCAAAGCACACAGCGUUACGCAGAUUCAGAAUCGCAUAGUGAUUCGUUGUUGAUACGCAAUGUGCAUUUGGUAUCGAGUAUAGCUCAUGCACUUAUCCCGCUGAAAACAUCCUUUGCUAGGAUAGCACCAUUUAUGAUAUCGGAAUGUUUGGCUGGAGCGAAGCAUACGCCUCUCGUCAUACGGUACUUGUUAGCGAUAUGUGAUCGUUACAGUAUCGCAGUGUUGAGCACAAAUCUACCGAGUGCUCAAAAAUGGCAAUUCAAACAAGUUUAUACGAAUUAUCGAAAAACAAGUGCAAUGAUUGUUUGA